GUUGAGACACCAGACGCCAAGCAUCCUCUCGCUUUUCAUCGGAUCGACACUCAUCUUGCCUCAGAGACGUCGCUGUUUCCACGCUGAUGCAGGCAAGCGUCCAGAGCAGCCGUGCACUUGGAUGCCGGGGGGAACGAGGGUGCUAACGCGACCCGCCAAAGUCUGUUAUAUCAGUGCGAUGGCGAUGGCGAUGGCCCUGACUUUUCCCAUCCACGGGCCAGCGCGGUACGCCGCCGCCAGUCAGCCCGUGAAGCGACCCAAGGAAUUUGUAUCCUUUUCAUAUGAUGAGAACCGCAACUGGUCUCUGGGCGACAAGUCUCUUAAGUGGUACUACCCGCCGAAUCUCGGCGCGGAUCUCAACAAAGGCUACGAUCAGUUCAUAAGUCACGACGAUAGUGUCGACGAACAUUUGGACGGCCUUUUAAGGGCUGUUGCGAAGCAUGAGGAGCAAACUAACACGCCAAUCGAUGCUCAUAUCCUCACUUGGAGAGGCAUGAUGACCAAGAUCAUGGCCGCACCUUAUGAUGAUGAACCAUUUGAGAUGAAUGCUACCCUCUAUCGAGGAUGCAUCUUCAUUGAGGAGAAUCACGAAUUCAGCCAGAGAAAAAAGGCGGCCGAGAAUCGUCAGGUUGUCGGGAACGGUCGCUAUCAAAUGUCAGUGUACCAAUAUUGGGGUUAUAAAUUUGAGGCUCUCUGCACAAUGCCACGCCCAUGGGGAGAGACUUCCAGAGAAUAUAUUGAGAGCCGGGAAGACAAAAUCGUCAACAACGCCGAGCAGUACUGCUCAGUAGUCCGGACCGGCUUUGGCAACACGAUAGUGUGUCUCGGAGGCGAGGUUGACGCGAUCUGGGAUGCCAAACCCGAGAUACCUGGAGCUCCCAUCAACUGGGUUGAGUUCAAGACAAGCGCCGAGAUCACCCACAAAGGCCAGCAAGCAAGAUUUGACCGGAAGCUCUUGAAGUAUUGGAUCCAGUCGUUCCUCCUCGGAGUGCCGAAAAUCAUUGUUGGCUUCAGGUCCCAGGACGGCAUACUAAAGAGCAUCAAGGAGUUUGACACCAUCAAGAUCCCUCAGUAUGUUCAGACCAGCAGCAGCGUGAAGUGGGAUGGCAACGUCUGCAUCAACUUUACAACGCAAUUCCUCGAGUGGCUCCGCUCCACAAUCAAGGACGAGGGUGUCUGGAGGAUCAGGCGGGCGCCAGGGUCGCGCAACAUUGAGCUCUUCAAAGUCGAGGAGGUGGGUCAUGGCGACGUGGUCGCGGACUCGUUCAUGAACUGGCGGAUCCAGCUGGAAUGCAUCCAGGAAAGGCAAAAGCACAAUGAAGCUCAAUCACAGCCAGAAGCUGAGCCGGGUUCAUCUCAGACUCAGAACUCAGACCAGUCUUCUGGCGGGGUGCCCAUUUGAUUCAGAUACCACGGCGUUAGCCAUGUACUUAUCCGUACAUCACAACAAGACGGCGGGUAAUGACCUACGGAACUGGAUUUCAUAAGAGUGGGCUCAUGGUUGAGCCCUAAUGAAGAUCAUCUGACGAAGGUACCCAUGCAGCAGUACCAUACAUUAAGGGGCUGUCAAUUUCUACCGUUGUAAUCUAAACAGGUAUUUUGAUACACCGUGAGAUGCCAGGGCUAUUGAGCUAUUCCCGCCAGAAAAAACAUGCAGUCUACGGUAGGCAGCCAGGAAUAUGAGAAGCGCGGAACAAGCUCAUGACCGCGAGACUCGCAA